AGUUUCCUCGGAGUCUGUGUGAUUCUCGCGUCCGCCAUCUCUAGGAGCCCGAAAAGUAGCUGAACGCGAAGCGCCUGUCAACAAGUCCGAGGAGUGAGACUCAUAAAGAAGGACAAGCGGGGGCUCAGCGCUGCCUCUUUAUACGUGCUCCCCGUCUUCUGUCAGAGAAGACUUUCAUGUGAAAGGAGACAACGGCGGGGAAUAAGCCAGACAUGUCAAAUCUCAGCAAAGGGGGGACUAAAAAAGACACCAAGAUGAGGAUACGAGCCUUUCCCAUGACCAUGGACGAGAAGUAUGUCAACAACAUCUGGGACCUCUUGAAAAAUGCCAUCCAGGAGAUUCAGAGGAAGAACAACAGUGGGCUGAGCUUCGAGGAGCUCUACAGGAACGCCUACACCAUGGUCCUGCACAAGCACGGAGAGAAGCUCUACACGGGCCUCAGGGAGGUGGUCACAGAACAUCUCAUCAACAAAGUACGAGAGGAUGUGUUAAACUCCCUGAAUAACAACUUCCUGCAAACACUGAAUCAAGCCUGGAAUGACCACCAGACGGCUAUGGUGAUGAUCAGAGACAUCUUGAUGUACAUGGACCGGGUGUAUGUUCAGCAGAAUAACGUAGAGAACGUCUAUAAUCUAGGUCUCAUCAUCUUCAGAGACCAGGUGGUUCGUUACGGCUGCAUUCGGGACCAUCUGCGGCAGACCUUACUCGACAUGAUUGCCCGUGAGAGGAAAGGAGAGGUGGUGGACAGGGGUGCCAUUCGUAAUGCUUGUCAGAUGUUGAUGAUUUUGGGCUUGGAAGGACGAUCCGUUUAUGAAGAGGAUUUCGAGGCCCCCUUCUUAGAAAUGUCUGCUGAAUUCUUUCAGAUGGAAAGUCAAAAGUUUUUAGCCGAGAACAGUGCGAGCGUGUACAUAAAGAAAGUUGAGGCACGGAUAAACGAGGAAAUAGAGCGAGUGAUACACUGUCUGGAUAAAACCACGGAGGAGCCGAUUGUGAAGGUGGUGGAGAGGGAGCUGAUCUCCAAACACAUGAAGACCAUCGUAGAGAUGGAGAACUCGGGCCUGGUGCACAUGCUCAAGAAUGGGAAGACAGAAGAUCUGGCCUGCAUGUACAAGUUGUUCAGCAGAGUGCCGAACGGCCUGAAGACCAUGUGUGAGUGUAUGAGCUCCUAUCUGAGGGAGCAGGGCAAAGCUCUGGUGUCUGAGGAAGGAGAAGGCAAGAACCCCGUUGACUACAUCCAGGGUCUUCUAGAUCUGAAGUCACGGUUUGAUCGCUUCUUGCAAGAGUCCUUUAACAACGACCGUUUAUUCAAGCAGACCAUUGCAGGGGACUUUGAGUAUUUCUUGAACCUCAACUCUCGUUCACCUGAGUAUCUCUCGCUCUUCAUUGACGAUAAGCUGAAGAAAGGAGUGAAAGGACUGACGGAGCAGGAGGUGGAGUCGAUCUUGGAUAAAGCCAUGGUGCUGUUCAGGUUCAUGCAGGAGAAGGACGUGUUCGAGCGCUACUACAAGCAGCACCGCAGAAGACUGCUCACCAACAAGAGCGUGUCUGACGACUCCGAGAAAAACAUGAUCUCGAAGCUAAAGACGGAGUGCGGCUGUCAGUUCACAUCUAAACUGGAAGGCAUGUUCAGGGACAUGAGCAUCUCAAACACAACCAUGGAUGAGUUUCGGCAGCAUCUUACGACGACAGGGGUGUCUUUAGGUGGUGUCGACCUCACAGUGAGGGUGCUAACGACGGGAUACUGGCCGACCCAGUCAGCGACUCCCAAGUGUAGCAUCCCCCCUUCACCAAGACAUGCUUUCGAGGUCUUUAGAAGAUUUUAUUUGGCCAAGCACAGCGGUAGGCAGCUCACAUUGCAGCAUCACAUGGGUUCAGCAGACCUCAACGCCACUUUCUACGGGCCGGUCAAAAAGGAGGAUGGCUCGGAUAUGGUCGGCGGGGCUCAGGUCACAGGCUCUAAUGCCAGGAAACACAUCCUGCAGGUUUCCACAUUCCAGAUGACGAUCCUCAUGCUUUUCAACAACCGAGAGAAAUCCACAUUCGAGGAGAUCCAGCAGGAGACGGAUAUCCCGGAGAGAGAGCUGGUGCGGGCGCUGCAGUCUCUGGCCUGUGGAAAGCCCACACAGCGAGUCCUCACCAAAGAACCCAAGUCUAAAGAGAUCGAGAGCGGCCACGUCUUCACUGUCAAUGACCAGUUCACCUCCAGACUGCACAGAGUCAAGAUUCAAACAGUUGCAGCCAAACAGGGAGAAUCGGACCCUGAGAGGAAGGAGACGCGACAGAAAGUGGAUGAUGACAGGAAACACGAGAUUGAGGCGGCCAUCGUUCGGAUCAUGAAGUCCAGAAAGAAGAUGCAGCACAAUGUUCUAGUAGCAGAGGUAACCCAGCAGCUGAAGGCGCGAUUCCUCCCCAGUCCCGUGGUCAUUAAAAAGCGUAUUGAAGGACUUAUAGAGAGAGAAUACUUGGCAAGAACACCAGAAGAUCGCAAAGUGUACACAUACGUAGCAUGAACUACGAGCGCAAUUAAAUCUGGCAUGAGAGAGCGAGUGAGAGUGAGAGUGCGAAUAUUGUUUUGGGACUGUGUUACACACCUCACAUGGGAUGUUAUUUUAUUUUAUGCCCUUUUUGCCUUUGUUGUCAUUCGUACUGGGAAUAAACUGAGAAGAAACCUCUCAUCUUCUAAUGAACUUGUUUUAAAUUUUUCUUUUCGAUUCCCACAAGGAUUUCCACUGGAUUCAACACUUUUACAGAAGGUCUUGGUCUCUGUGAGAGAAGUGAUUUGUGUGUGUGUGUGUGUGUGUGUGUGUCUGUGUGUGUCCUCACAACCCAACAAUCAAAUUAAAACCGUAAGCCACACGAUUUCGCAGCACUGGGUCUCAUUACGACCAUUCAUAUCAUGAAAUACCUUGUGAGAUAUUUUCUUAUAUCUGUGUAAGUGUGUUUGUGUCUGCGGCACAUUAUUGGAUGUACAGGUUCUCGCCAUCAGUGCUUUACCUGUAAGACUGUCAAAUGUAUCUGAGUGACAGAGAGGUUCAAAGCAUGCUUUUACUGAAGACAGUUGGAGUAACACUUACACAGCAUAUAAUAAGGUGGUUUGGCUGUCUUUUCUCUCUGUAUGGCUGGUGUUCCCUUGCCUUUUUUUUUUUUUUUUUUUUUUUUUUUUUUUUUUUUUUUGAUGUUUGUUUCAUGUCUAACAUGGCCAAUUGUAAAAGAUGACUUAAAAGCCUUUUAUUUUGAAGGGUCCUUUGAAAGCAGUUUAAACCGGGGAUGGGGCACAGUUUGUGUUUUCAGCAUUAUUAUAUUUCAAUGUGUAUAAAUUGUAAAAUAAUUGUUAUUGUACUCAAUGCUGAAGUGAACUGUACAGGGCCUUGUUUUCAUCAUUAAAUGUAGAAAAAUACAGAGAAAACAAAAAAACAACAAUAAAAGGAUUGGCCGUUUUGGGUCAGACUGU